ACCGAUAUUGACCACGUCUUUUCAAACAACGCUGUCGUGGCGUGUCUGGAUUUCUCUCGUUAUGUCAAAUCCUAUAACAACAUUAGUUUCAAAUAACCAUGUGUUCCUCAAGAUUCAAUUAACUACCGUGAUCUGAAUCAUCUCUCUCUUUCUCUCUCUGUCUGCGUGAUUCUGCAACUUGAAUCCACACUAAGGUUUAUUGUAACUAGCCAUGUCUUCUUCCUACGGUGGAUACCGACCUCAAUCUCAGUAUGCUCCAUCUGCUCCUCAACAACCUCCAUAUUCAAGUUACUAUCAGACUUCUACUUCCAAUGUUCCUCCGCCUUCAAAUUCUCCCUCCAAUUACAGCUAUUCCAACGUUUCUCCAUCUGGGUAUCCAAGUUUUCCACCAGGGACACCCCAGGAUGUGAUAACCAGCUUUCAGAUGGUGGACAGGGAUCGGAGUGGCUUCAUCGAUGAGCACGAACUGCAACAAGCUCUCUCUUCUGGGUUUCACCGUUUUAAUCUCAGGACCAUUCGUCUCCUUAUCUUCCUCUUCAAGAAUCCACAACAACCCCUCGCAGUUGGACCUAAGGAAUUUGCAGCACUUUGGAGUUGCCUUGGUCAAUGGCGAGGCAUAUUCGAGAGAUAUGAUAAAGACAGGAGUGGGAAAAUUGAUCCAUUAGAACUAAGAGAUGCUCUGUAUGGUAUUGGUUAUGCUGUGCCUGGUUCAGUUCUACAACUUCUGCUUUCCAAGUAUGGUGAUGGAAGUGGAAGAAGGGUUGAGCUUUGUUUUGACAAUUUUGUCGAGUGUGGGAUGAUUAUUAAGGUAAAACUCAAGGAGAUUUUGACUCUAUUGACGUGCCUCUUAUUUCUCUAUUUCUUCAUUUCUGUUUCUGUUUCUGUUUCAUCCCUUCCAUUGAUACAGACCAACUUUCACAUUUUCCAUUGUUAAAGUGUUCAUUACUUGUUUCAUUUUCAGGGUCUCACUGAUAAAUUCAAGGAGAAGGACACACGUUAUACUGGUUCUGCUACACUUUCAUACGAUGACUUCAUGACCAUGGUUCUUCCUUUCCUUGUAUCUUAUAAUUGAUGAUUAGUGAUGAUGCUCAUCUCGUAGAGAAUUCCACAGUUCUUUGGUGCUACAUUCAAUUGAUUCUUUGGUGCUACAUACACUCUUUCGUGAACAGCAUUUCAUAUAUAUAUAUACCUCAUUCAUUUACAUAUAUUGAGAGAAGAAUGUAUGUAUUUAAACUUUUUUUUUUUCUAUUGCUUUUGAUUGUAAACAUUAUGUAAGAGUUGUACUUGUACAUGACUAUGGGAUGAUAUGUGCUAUGUACCAUACUUUGUUUGAGUAUU